AUGUUAAACGAAGUUGUGUUUCAAAUUGGUUUGUCAAAUGAAGAACAGGCCUUCUAUGGGAUAUUGUUUAAACAACUAGAUCCAGAGGAUUUGGGUAUAGUAACUGGUGAAGUUUUAAAACCAAUUUUCUCUUCUUCUGGAUUGUCUCCACAGGUCCUGUCCCAACUAUGGGAGUUAGUUGAUGUGAACCAAAAGGGUUUCUUGAAUAAACAUGAAUUUUACGCUGCCAUGAGAUUGAUUGCAAACUUGCAACAGCAACCAAGUUUAAAUGUAUCAAAGGAAUUAUACUCAAUUCCUCCUUCGCAGUUGCCAAGGGUAGCCAAUUCCCAAUCAAAUGAUCUUCAACCUGCUAAUACCCAACAGCAACAGCAACAGCAACAGCAACAGCAACAACAACAACAAAUUCCAUCUCCUUCUUCUAACGAUAUAGCAAAAUUUUCUCAAUUAUUUGAUAGGUCAACUGGUGGUAGUUCUUUAUUAUCAGGUGAUAAAGCAAAAGAUAUCUUUUUGAAAGCAAGACUAGAUAAUCAAUCACUUGGUGAGAUUUGGGGAUUAUGUGACAGAAAUGCUUCUGGUUCUUUGGAUAAAGCAGAAUUCGUUAUGGCAAUGUAUUUGAUACAAUUGACCUUAUCUAAUCAUCCUUCAAUGAACCCCGUCCCUUCUGUUCUGCCUGCUCAAUUAUGGACAGCAGUACAACAAAGUAAUAAUGUAAAUAGUAACUUCAAUCAACCACAGCAACCACACGUUCAAGCAACUCCAUUGAGCAACAACUCUACAGGUGUUUCUUCAACUUUAGGUAGACAACCAACUCUUUCUCGUGUCUCUUCCGGUGCAUUUACAAAUGCCGCUAAAGAUUGGGAACUAUCCUUUGAAAAGAAAAAUCAAUUCGAUGCGAUUUUUGAUUCCUUGGAUAAAUCACAUGUUGGUUCCUUGGGUUCGCAAGUUUUGGUUCCAUUCUUUGUCUCAUCAAGGUUAAAUCAAGAAACGCUAGCCAAUAUCUGGGAUUUGGCCGAUAUUCAUAACAAUGCAGAAUUUACUAAAUUAGAAUUUGCUAUUGCAAUGUUCUUAAUCCAAAAGAAAAAUGCAGGUGUGGAAUUGCCAGAUGUAAUCCCAGAACAAUUACUACAAUCUGCUGCAUUGGGAUUGUACCAACAAUCUCAAAUGUCUUUGCCAUCUAGGGAAUCAAAACCUUCUUUUAAUGAACAACCUGUACAAAUGACACCAAACUCUCAAAUUUCUCCAGUACAACAACAAAAUACUAAUAACAGUUCCUUGAAUGAUCUAUUAGCCUUAAAUGCUUCUUUCUCCUCUCCUGUUAACCAACAACCUUUGGCUGAUACCACUCCGUCUCCUUCCCAAAAUCAAAUGGUUCCUCCUUUGAAGAAAUUUUCCUCAACUUCAAACUUUGGUCAAAAUGUAAUUAGAGAGGAAGACGAAAAUAUUGAACAAGACUUCCAUUCAAACCCUUUCCCUGCCACUAAUAUUCCUCAACAAGUCGCACCACAAAGAUCCGUAACUGAUAUUUCUAGUGGCCAAUUCAAGCAAAGUUCUGUUCUUCCUCAAGUUCCACCUCAUCGUGCGCCUUCUGUAUCUUUGAAAACAGUCCCAAACUUUAACUCUCUAAAUAUUUCAAGAAACUCAACUGGUGGUGUUCUUCCAACAGGUUCUGGUAUGCAAACAAGUACAAAUACUCCUAUGUCAAGGAAUACAGAUUUGUUUGCAGAUGCUGCAGCAUCUGCAGAACUAUCUAGUGCUACAACUGAAUUGGCUAAUUUAUCUAAUCAAGUUAAUUCGUUGACGAAACAGGCCAGUAUUACUACUGAAAAGAAAUCUAAAGCGACUCAGGAAUUAAAGAAAAUUAAUGAUUUGAAGUUAACCAUAGAAAAUAAGCUAGCUACUCUACGUGCUACACAAGAGCAAAACUUACAGCAAUCCCAACAAUUAGAAAACACAUUAUCUUCAAUUGAUGCUGAAAAUGAAACGUUGAAAAACCAAGCUGUACAAAUUGAAACAACUUAUAACGCAUGCGAAACCGAACUAAAUCAGUUAAUGCAAAGUCUUGCUGAAGGUCAGAAGAAGAAUUUAGCCUUGAGAGAGGAAAUAACUAGCGUUAAUUCAAAAUCAGCUUUGAUCCAAACUCAAUUAAACCAAAAGCAGGAAGAAGUUAGACAGACUAGAUCUACAAUAGAUGAAACAAGUAAGGAUAUGGCGCUUUCCGUAUUUACUGCAAGUUUCUUAGAAAAUGAAAUAAAAUCUCUAACUGAUAAAUUAUCUGUCUACUUAACAAAACACAAUGAAUUAGAUGAUUAUCAAAAGAAGAUAGAUCAACAGCAAGAGCAAUUACAAACUAAAUAUAGUGACUUAGAAAAUAGGAGUGGUGAUUUGAAAAUACGUAGCGAACAGUUGAAUCAACGUAAUAUGGAGAUUCAAGAGCAAGAAAACUUAUAUGGGCAGCAUAUUGAAAGUUUACAAACAAUGUUUGAUGAUUUGAAUAAGAGAAAAGUUAUUUAUGAUGAAGCUAAUGAAAAUUUAAAACAACAGCAUAUAGAGUAUGCCCAAAAGGUAAAAGAACUCUUCGAUAGACAACUGAAAUUACCUGUAGAGGAUGCCGAACGAUUAGAAGAAUCUCAUGCUGAACAAGUUUCUAAAUUUGUUGAGGAUUCCGUUGCUAACUCUUCCUUAGGAAAUGUAGCAUCUAGAAACGAGGAUUCUAUAUCUAACGACAAUAGUAUUUCAGAUGUUGGUAAAGAAGUAAAUGUAACUAAAUCCAUAACUGAUGAACCUGUCUCACAAGAAAUUGAGAAUAGAGGUGAAAUUGGAGGCCCUAUUGAAAAGAAUGUUUCAUUAGAGAGUCAGAACCAUAUUCCUGGGGACUGGGAGUCAGCGAAGGUAUCAGAAACUAAACCUAAGGAAACGAGUGUUUCUGAUACUAGUUCUGAUGAGGAUGAGGAUAACUUCCAAGACACUAGAGAGGAGUUUUUUGAAUCAUAUGGUGAUGUAAGUGAUUCUACACCUACAGUUGAACGUAAUGUAGAAAUUGGUCAACCAAGUGCAACUACCAUUAUACAAGACCCUGGAUAUAUCAAUAAAGAAGUGGAUAUACCUCAAGUACCAAAAGGAGCUUCUCCGGUUACACAAACCUUGCCUGUUGAAGCUCCACUACCUGUUGAAGCCCCACUACCUGUUGAAGCCCCACUUCCUGUUGAAGCCCCACUUCCUGUUGAAGCCCCACUUCCUGUUGAAGCCCCACUUCCUGUUGAGCCAACAAUUCAUGAUGAAUUUGAUAAUGCAUUUGCUGGUUUAGAACAAACUGCUGUCGAGGAUCCUUUGACGGCUGAUUCUCAGUUACAACCUAACACUGAAGAAUUUGAAAAUAUUGAACAUGCGGAUUUAGAAGAUGAAUUACAGAGAAAUAACUUUACUGAGCUUGAUAACUCAGUUAAUCCGCAAUCCGGGAAUGUUGGUAACGAUGAAUGGGAAGAUUUAUUUGCUGGUUUUGGAAACGCAAAACCAGCAAAUAGGGACUUCCAACAACCACGACAAGAUAUUCCGGUACAACAAGCUAACAGUUUACCACCAACACCAAUAAACCGUGGAGUUGCUACAACACCAAAGUCAUUAGCGAUUGAAGAAUUAAGUGGAAUGGGUUUUUCGAAAGAAGAAGCUACUAGAGCUUUAGAAAGAUGUGGAUACGAUUUGGAAUCAGCUACUAACUAUUUGCUAGAUAAUGCAUAA